AUGCUCUCUUCAGCAUUCCAUCUGCUGAAGCCGCGUUCUCCGGCUUUAACCGUUUUCCGGUGCUGUCAGGUUCAAAAAUUCAGUUCUAAUGCUGUGCGUCUUGAUGCUGUCGAUUAUAUUGCACAACAAACUCGAAUUGUUCCAAAACUCGCUACGUUCUAUUCUGCCAAUCCGCAGCACGAGGACCGUAUAGAUAGACUGGAAUCGCUCUUACGCAAAUAUAUCAAGCUACCCACGGUCAAGGUUGGCGCCGGCGACAGGCCUGCGUGGGUCCCGUUUGCGGACUAUGCGCUAGUUGGAGGUGGCACACGGCUGAAACCCGUACAAUACGAACAGCUGGUGUCGUUGUUGAACAGAUUGCAUUCAAUUGAUCCAGAAUUGACCAACGACGAAAUUACGACUGAAAUUGCACAAUAUUACCGUAAAUCUAAGCUACAGGCCACACAUACGAAACAACAAACGUUGGACGAAUUCGGUAGAAGCCUUGCCAUUGGGCGCAGGAAAAGCUCGGUGGCCAAAGUUUACCUUGUACGCGGCACCGGUGAGGUUCUCGUGAACAGUAGACCACUAAACGAUUAUUUUGUGAAAUUGAAAGACCGUGAAUCCGUGAUGUACCCGUUACAAGUUGUCCAGGGUGUCGGGAAAUACAACAUUUUCGCAACGACCUCUGGUGGCGGCGUUACAGGCCAAGCGGACGCCAUAAUGCAUUCUGUGGCCAAAGCACUUGUCACUUUCAAUCCAUUACUGAAAUCCAGACUACAUAACGCUGGUGUAUUGACCAGAGACUACAGACAUGUCGAAAGGAAAAAACCGGGCAAAAGAAAGGCCAGAAAAAUGCCUACCUGGGUCAAAAGAUAA